AUGGCAGAGGCUACUCCUUACCACAGCCUGUCCCAUCUAGUUACCAGCUUUGCCACCAUGAGUGUCAAGAAGGACUUAUGUCUAGAUGAUUCUCCAUUGCACAUUGUAAUCUCUGUCUUCUGGGCUAAGACCAUUGAGGACUACACUGUCCACCUUGGAAUGUAUCGGCUCCAUGGGACAAAUCCCCAUGAGUUUCUUUCUACAGUGACACAAUUUAUCACCCACCCCCAAUACACAGACGUGGGGAGCCGGGGGGACAUCGCUCUGGUCAGACUCUCCAGUCCGGUCAAUUAUACUCAGUACAUCCAGCCAGUGUGUCUGCCCGAUGAGUCUGUCACCUUCCCUUGUGGUAUGGAUUGUUGGGUGACCGGCUGGGGCGACACGUCCAUCGGGGGUGAGAUCUUAUUGCAAUAUCCUGAGACCCUGCAGAAGGUGAUGACCCCCCUGAUUGACUAUGUCACAUGUGACCAGAUGUACCACACGUGGUCCCCAGAAGAUGCCAACACUGUAAUAAUUCACAGUUAUGAGAUAUGUUCUGGAUAUGCCGGGGGUCAGAAGGACUCGUGUCAGGGAGACUCUGGGGGACCUCUGGUCUGUAAUGUGCAGGGUGUCUGGUACCAGGCUGGAAUAGUAAGUUGGGGUGAAGGUUGUGCCCUGCCAUACCGUCCUGGGGUGUACUCUCUGGUGACAGCCUACCAGUCCUGGAUCCAGGAAUAUGCACCUGAUCUGAUGUUCGUAAUUGUGACAAAUAUUCCUCAGCCGGGCAGAGAAUGUGGAGGAGAUGUUCUCUCUACAACUGGGACACCGGGUGAGUUAUAG